GGUCUUCAAAUGGAAGAUAGAAGGUCCCAUGGGUAAAAGACGAGUGGACGACUGAUACAGCAAAGAAUAGAAGAAGAAUAUGUCAUCCUCCAUAACCUUACAACAGCAAAACGCCAUUUUGUGCAGGCAGAAGAAACAAAACCCAUCAAUCUUCGAAGGUCACAAGAACAAACCCACUAAACAAAAGCAACUGGAAAACAGAAGAGGGCAAGAAGAACAAAUAAUCAAAGAGAAAACCACUUUUCUCCAUCGCUCCUUAUCUCUUGGCUUAAUUGGUUCCUGGGUUUCUGAAGGGAGAAUGAGUUUUGGUCAAAGAUUGGACUUUUGAUUGGUAAGGCAUGUGGAUUGGGGACCCAUAUGAGUUCAUGGGCUAAGUAGGCUCUCUUGAGACUCGCGACUUGAGACUUGGGAGAGGCUUUGGAGUUUCAGUUAGGAGACUGUUCAGGUCUUCUGUGGUCAUGAUGAGCAAACUUGAAAUGAGAGUAGGCAGUAUGCUGCUGGCUUUGAGUAAGCUAUAGAGUUCUCUGAGAAAGCUAGAGUUCUUGUGAAACAGAACCAGUUCAUCUGGGAAGGGUACUCCAACACUUACAACCGGAUAUUUAAGAAGCUUAGGAUAGACAUCAAGAUCAGAGAUGCAUCAAAUAAAAUCUAGAAACUUUGCUGAACUCCUUUCAGAGUCACUUCAAUCAGCUGAUGAGGUUGUUUCACUUGCCAUGGAUUCUGAAACUGAACCAGAGAUUUUCAAUGAAUUCGCUGUUUUUGUAGAAAAAUUAUCAUUCAUUCUUGACGAUUUAAGGGAUAAUAGCACAGUCAUGGACACACUGCCCAUCCAAAAGGCCGUUGAGUCACUAGAGAAUGAGCUUACGCGUGCUAGGACUGUUAUUGAGUCUUCCCAUUCAAGAGCAUCGGCUAAACAGGUUGAAGACAUUACUCAUCACCUGGGUAGAUGUCUAGGUGUCGUGAUCUUGGCAAGCCUUGAUGUGUCAGUUGAGAUUGAAGAAAAGUAUGGAGCUUUACAUAAAGAAAUGAUGAGUGUGAGAUUCAAUGCAAGUGUUGAGCAGGAAUUGGAGUUUGUCAAUGACUUGGAAGUGAAAGGGCAGGAGAAGGCAAUAGCUGUUCUUGAUAUUGACAAUAUUGCAUUGCAGCUCAAAUAUGGAAAUGACGAAGAAUUCAGGCUUGCACUUUCUGGACUAAGAUCACUAAUUAUUGAUAAGAUUAUUCAGAAUGAAUGGGUAAACGGUGAAGGUAUUAUUCCAAUUCUGUUGAAUCGAUUGGCUUCUAGUAACCGGAAUGUUCGGUUGAAUAUAAUGGCAAUAUUGAAAAGCCUUCUAGUGGUGAAUGAUGAAAACAAGGAGAAAAUGGUGGAUAUCAGUUCCUUGUUGACAUUGGUGCGUUCUUUGACUCGGGAUGUUGAAGAGCGUAGGGAAGCUGUUGGGAUCUUGCUGGCUCUCUCAGAGGUCCCAGCAGUCCGCCGAAGGCUCGGCAGAAUACAAGGUUGUAUCCUUAUGUUGGUUUCCGUGCACAAUAGUGACGACCCAAAUUCUUCACACGAUGCAGGGAAAUUGUUGAAUGCUUUGUCAAGCAACAAUCAGAAUGUUCUUCUUAUGGCAGAGGCAGGUUACUUCAAGCCUCUUGUAGAAUACCUGAAGCAAGGUUCUGAUAUGAGUAAGAUUCUUAUGGCAACAGCACUUUCAAGAAUGGAACUCACCGAGCAGAGUAGUGCUGCUCUUGGUGAAGAAGGAGCAAUUGAAUCCCUUGUCAAAAUGUUCAGUUAUGGAAAAUUUGAAGCCAAGCUCUCUGCUUUGGGUGCCUUACAGAAUCUCUCCAGUUUGACUGAAAAUGCUCAGCGUUUGAUUAAUUCAGGCAUUGUAAUGACUCUGCUCCAGCUCCUUUUCUCAGUCACUUCUGUGCUUAUGACCCUCCGAGAACCAGCUUCAGCCAUUCUUGCUAGCAUUGCCCAGUCCGAAUCUAUUCUUGUAAACCCAGACAUAGCACAACAGAUGCUUUCACUUCUACACUUGUUCAGCCCAGUAAUUCAGUGUCACCUCUUAAGAGCACUCAACAGUAUUACUGGCCAUUCCAAUACAUCGAAGGUUAAAUCCAAAAUGAAAGAAAAUGGUGCAUUUGAUCUUAUCCUACCAUUCUUAACUGACGGAAACACAGAAAGCAAAAUAGUUGCCUUAAAUUUACUGUACAAUCUUUAUAAAGAUUCUCCAAGAGAGUUCUCUGAACAACUUGAAAAGAUUCACCUCAAUGUUAUAAUAAAUAUUAUAUCAGAAUCAGUGUCUGAGGAAGAAAAAGCUGCUGCUCUUGGAUUAUUGAGUAUUAUCCCCAUUGGCAACAAAAGGGCAACAGAAGUUCUCAAAAGGACACAUUUGCUUCCCAUUCUGCUCUCAUUUCUGGACGUAUGCAUGCCAACUUCAACACCCACAAGGAGGUGGUUAGUCGAGAGCAGUGCAGCUAUAUUGAUUCGGUUUACGGUUCCUUCAGAUAAGAAACUUCAGCAACUAGCUGCAGAACAUGGUGUGAUCCCCUGGCUUGUGAAGUUGCUCUCGAUGGGGUCACCCACUGUCAAAUGUAGAGCUGCAACUUCAUUAGCUCAGCUGUCACAGAAUACUCUUUCUUUAAGCAAAUCCAGAGCAUCAAAAUGGCUUUGUAUGCCUCCCUCUCUAGAUGCAUUUUGUGAACUCCAUGAUGGCUACUGUUUUGUCAAAAGCACGUUUUGUCUUGUCAAGGCUGGUGCUCUCUCACCACUAAUCCAAAUUUUGGAAGGUGAAGAUAGAGAAGCAGAUGAAGCUGUCCUUAGUGCCCUUUCAACUAUCUUGCAAGAUGAGAUCUGGGAAAAUGGAAGUAAGGCUAUUGCCAAAGCAUCUGGUGUUCGUGCCAUCAUGAGAGUUCUUGAAUUAGGAACUGUAAAGGUCCAAGAGAAAGCACUUUGGAUUUUGGAAAUGACUUUUAGAAUCGAGGCUCAUAAAGUACAGUAUGGUGAAGCUGCUCAAGUGUUGCUCAUUGAGCUUGCACAAAAGGGAUCUCCAACCUUAAAAUCCACAAUUGCUAAGAUUUUGGCGCAUCUUGAGCUCUUGCAGGUGCAAUCAAGCUACUUCUAAUAUGUUUGUAUUUAGGUGUAUUAAUUUUGUUGAGAUGAAAUUAUUUCAUGAUUGUUUCUAUUUUUCCGAUUGUUGUUUUUCCCAUCUGUUGGUUCAUGACUAGAUGUGGACAUUUGUAGAUCUCCUGUGUAAUAAUUAAGUAGUUAACUGAAAGUGUACAUGAAAAUGAUCUGAUUUGAGAUAAAAGAUGGGGAUGGUGGGGGAAAGCAUCAUCCUCUUUCCGCUAA